UGUGUGUUUGGACUCUGUCGACCCUGUGAUUUCUCGAAAGAAGUGAUGUGGUGUUUUUCUCUUGAACUUUGACCUGAUGUGACAGUAACUCAUUGGUUUGGUGAUGUGUGAGAGGAGGACGUGAUACAGGAAUGGGGGCUGAUGCUCUGAAGGAAAACUCAUAUGGUUGCAUUAAAGAGACUCGAUCGAGUCAGACAUGCUUGUCUCAUCUGUGCUCGCCGCUGCAUCUUCUGCCAUCGCUCGAUCUCUGUGUAAACGUCCAGCAGUGAUGCAGAAGAGGAGUAUCAGCGCUGCUGGAGGACUGCGACGCUUUCAGGACAUCCCUCACACCGGCAGUAACGGCUGGAUCAAUCUGCUGCGAUUCUGGAAAGAAGGAAGAUUCAGUCAGCUCCACAAACACAUGGACAACACUUUCAAACAACUCGGACCCAUUUACAGAGAAUAUUUGGGCUCUCAGAGCACUGUGAACAUCAUGUUGCCGAUGGACAUCGGUGAGUUGUUUCGUUCGGAGGGUUUACACCCGCGUCGCAUGACUCUACAGCCCUGGGCGACACACAGAGAGACACGCAAACACAGCAAAGGCGUCUUCCUCAAGAACGGUACAGAGUGGCGUGCUGACAGAUUGCUGUUGAACAAAGAAGUGAUGGUCAGUUCAGCCGUGCGGCGCUUUCUGCCUCUUCUGGAUGAUGUAGCGCAGGAUUUCUGUCGUUCGCUGAGACAGCGGGUGGAGAUGGAAGGUGUGGGUGAGACGGGUCAGCGCAGUAUGACCCUUGACCCCAGCCCUGAUCUCUUUCGCUUCGCUCUGGAAGCGAGCUGUCAUGUUCUGUAUGGUGAACGGAUCGGUCUGUUCUCCUCGACACCAUCACAAGAGUCUGAACGCUUUAUUUGGGCUGUUGAGCGCAUGUUGGCAACGACCCCUCCGCUCCUCUAUCUGCCCCGCCGUCUGCUCCGGCACGCGCCUCUGUGGACUCAACACGCCACUGCAUGGGACAACAUCUUCAGUCACGCGGAGACUCGCAUUCAGAGGGGCUAUCAGCGGCUGCAGACACGUGUCUCAGGGACAGCAGGAGGAUCAGAGGGGAAGUUUUUGGGUGUGCUGGGGCAGUUAAUAGAAGCAGGGCAGUUAUCACUGGAGCUGAUUAGAGCUAACAUCACAGAACUCAUGGCCGGUGGUGUUGAUACGACCGCCGUCCCGCUGCAGUUCGCUCUCUUUGAGUUGGCGCGUAACCCUGAUGUGCAGGAGCAGGUACGCGCCCAGGUGAUGUCAUCAUGGGAACGAGCAGCAGGAGAUCCUCAGAAGGCCCUGCAGGGAGCGCCGCUUCUGAAGGGAACGGUGAAGGAGACCCUGAGACUCUAUCCUGUGGGCAUCACAAUCCAGAGAUAUCCUGUUAAAGACAUCGUCCUCCAGAACUAUCACAUACCAGCAGGGGAGUUAGUUCAGGUGUGUUUAUAUCCUCUGGGACGGAGUCAUGAAGUCUUUCAGAAUCCUCAGCGCUUCGACCCCAGCCGCUGGAGAGGAGCUGACAGAGGGCGCGACAGUGAGAAUGUGACCAUGGAGACGGGUUCUGGUGGGGGGUUUCGCUCGCUGGCGUUUGGGUUUGGGUCGAGACAGUGUGUGGGCCGCAGAAUAGCAGAAAAUGAAAUGCAGCUGCUGUUGCUACACAUCCUGAGGAAUUUCCGACUGACUGUUUCUUCUAGAGAAGAUUUGAACACUAAAUACACCCUAAUACUGAUGCCAGAAUCUCCACCCAGAAUCACCUUCAGUACUCUAUGUGAUCAUGUGCCUGUAUAGAGCUGAGAGCUGCAGGUGUUUUACUGUGAUCUAAUGACCUCACAGACAUCAUCAUCAUCAUCAUCAUCAUCAUCUACUGUACAGUUGUAUUAUAUCAACCGGUUGUAACACA